UAAUUUGUUUGAGAGAGAGAGAGAGAGAGAGAGAGAGAGAGUGAGAAAAUUCUCUGCUGGAUCAAUGGAUUCCAUGGACUUGAUGACGGCGAAGAGACCAAACCCUCUUCUCCGGCGCAGAAACUCAAUCGCCACCUCCGCCGUCGUCCCCUCCACCCUCACCCUCCCAACAAAACCCCUCCACGCCGCCAGCUUCCCCACCGUCGCCGCCGCCUCCUCCUCCACCUCAUCCACCACCUCAUCAGCCAAUUCAUCAUCACAACCCUUUUUCGAGCUCAUCUCCAUCAAACCCCUCUCCUACACCUCCCUCAAGGACCUCCUCCCCUCCUCCGCCGUGAAUUCCCCCACCUCCUCCGCCCCCGCCCAGUCCGGCUACGAGAUCUCCAUCCGCAAUCGCCUCGUCAAACAGGCCGCCUGGGCCUACCUCCAGCCCAUGUCCACCUCCCCUGGCUCCGGCGGCCGCCACUUCCUCUGCCGCUUCCGCUCCAAAAUCUCCUCCUACCUCCUCAACAAUCCCUUCACCUCCUUCCUCCGCUUCCUCUCCCGUUCCAUAUCCCGAGCCUUCGAUCACCUCCUCCGAUUCAUUCGGAGCUUCAGAUAACACUCCAAACCUAAUGCUAGGGUUGUUGUGGAUUUGUUAUCUAUAUUUAUUUUCAAUCAUAUGUGCUCAUAUAACGCCAAACCUAACGGUAUCAAUAACAACCUGGUAUUUGUUCUCUAUAUUUAUCUACAAUUAUUCAAGACUUUUUCUUUUUUGUUUUUGUUUUUGUUUUUUUUUUAAAUUUUUCAUUAAUUUCAAGUUCUCUCCAUAUGUAGAAAACAAAUUACAUGGGGUACAAAAAGAUAAUUGAAUUUGAGAGUUUUUUUUAUUUUAUUUUUAAUGGAAUCCUUUGGACCGGCGGAGUCGGAGCCGGGCGGCGUGUAGCUGAUUGUCAACACCGGUUUCUUUUUCAUCGGUUGAACUGGGUUCGCUACCGGAGCUCGGUUCGAGUUCCUCUUGAGUAGUAGUGUGUAUGAAUUCUGCUUGACUGUGGAGGUGAACUUGACCUGCCUCUGAUUUGGGUGAAUUGGCCACGAACCGGUGGUGAUUUGCGGUGCCAAGAGAUGUAGGAGGUAGUGGUGGCCGCCCCCUCUCGGAGGAUGGAUGCCUGCGCUUGUUAGCCAUACGGUGGUGAAAUGCCGGUGAUCCAGUCGGAGAGGAUGGAGGAGCUGCUGCUGUUGGGUAUGGGUUUUCAUUCUUAUGCUGCUGCUGCUGCUGCUGCAGCAUAGGCUGGUUAAGCUUAUUUGUUAGAUUGAAUUUUGAAACAUAUGAAGGUGAAAAUAGUGAACCAUUUUCUAAUAUAUAGAGUAAAUCGAUUUGUGUUUGGUACAAUGCAUUCUUGUUAAUGCAAUUGUGACUUUUAAUGAAUGAAUGAAUGAGAAUUUUCCUACAAUUGCUUGUCCA